AGAGAACUUAAAAAAUUCUCCUAAUAAUUCAAAUUUAUUUCUGUUAAUUAGCAUUCCAUACCGUCAUUUUAUUUCGUAGAGUCUGCGUUAUUCCGUUUGCUUGUCUCCGAAUUACAUUUUUCAACAGCUGUGACAAUGUCUAAAACGGGGAAAAGGAGGAAGAGCAGAAGGGUGUCUUCAUCUUCAAUUGAUGGCAAUGAUUGGGCAAAGCUUUCCCGGGAAAAAGAUGUCACCAGUCAUCGAAAAAAAGCUAAGAAGAGGCACCGUGAAAAGAGCCAGGAGAGGACAAUGUCAAAAAAAGGGAAAAGGAGGAAGACCAGAAAGCUGUCUUCAUCUCCAAGUGAUGGCAGUAAGAAGGAGAAGGCAUCCCAUGAAAAAGAUGUUACAAGUCAUCAAAAAGGAGCUAAGAAGAGGCACCAUGAAAAGAGCCAGGAGAGAUCUGCAGAAAAACCAGGAAUUUCUGCUUCACUCCCUGGUAAAGAUGGUUCUCGAAGUGACCGACUCAUCAAAAAACCUGUCUACAAGCUGACAAAAGUGCAACCAAUUGACAAAAAACUUGCUUGUAAGAAAGAAGAAUCUACCAAAACAGAAACUGUCUUUGUGCCUUCCCACAUGGAUAAUUGUUCUGGCAAGGGAAAUGUGUACAUAUCAGAGAAAGAUACUAAUGUCAGUGCAAGGCAUACUGUGGCAACAGGAUCCUCAAAACACCAAAGAACUGGCAAUAUAGGUACAGUGACAGAAAAGACCAAAAAACAGUCAUCUCCAAGGAGUCAUUCUAGAUCAAAGAAUGACAGAAUAAGUUUGGAUUCAGAUAAACAGAAGGACCACAGACAGACUUCAGUUAAGAGGUCAGGCAGAACUGAGGAACCAAGGAGGGCCAAAAAAGACAGCAAUAUGAUAAAGUCGAGGGAAAUGGGUAAGAUCUCUUCUCACCCAAAAGAAUCUCUAAGGGAGAAGAAGAGGGAGCAUCAAGAAAAUGUGAAAACCAAAACACAUCCAUGUACAACAUCCAAAAUACCCUACAGCACUGCUGAAAAAGACAGCAGUAUAAAAAAGUCCAAGGAAACAGGGACGCGUGCCUCUUACUCCAAAGAAUCUCCAAGGGAGCAAAAAAGGGAGCAUCAAGAAAAUAUGAAAACAAAAACACAUCCAUGUACAACAUCCAAAAUACCCUACAGCACUGCUGAAAAAGACAGCAGUAUAAUAAAGUCCAAGGGAACAGGGAGGCACGCCUCUUACUCCAAAGAAUCUCCAAGGGAGCAAAAAAGGGAGCAUCAAGAAAAUGUGAAAGUCACACCAAGUCCAUGUACCAUUACUAAAAUACCCUGCAGCAUUGCCGAAAAAAACAGCAGUAUUAUAAAGUCCAAGGAAACAGGGAGGAGCUUGUCUUACGCAAAAGAAUCUCCAAUGGAAAAGAAAAAGGAGCAUCAAGAAAAUGUGAUAGCCAUAACAAGUCCAUGGGCAACAUCCAAAAUACCCUGCAGCACUGCCACAGAGCCGACUGGUACUUUAGAAACGCCCACUACCUCAGAUAGCACGGCAAGUCUCUUAAAUCGUUUCACUCGAGUCCCAGAAGAUGCCACAUCAGCACCACAAAAGAUACCCAGCUAUUCACCAACUGUGCCGCUGACAUUUAAGAUGGCAAAAAAGCCUCGGCCAUGGUCAUGUUCUCGCCCAGUGAGCAGUAAACAAAGUGUUUCUACAAACAAACAUGUCAAACAUGCGACUGAACAAUCAGAUUCUGGAGCCUCAGUGGACAACUCUGCAAGGGGAAUUGUACCACAUGUUCAACAUUCUUCAGAUUUUGCACCCAGUGCUUCUACAGAAAGACAAGACUGGAGGUCAUCUUUAUCAGAUCAGGAUCCAUCCCAGUGCAACACCAACACUUUGCCAUGGCAUCAUGAGAUGCAGGUGGCCGAAGAGCUUCACCUGGCCCGCUGUGAAAAAAGACUGGAGGUGAAUCUGAAGGAGAGCUAUGGAGAACUAACCUGUAUGGAUAUCGAUCCUCCAGCAGAGGGCGCUACAGACUCUCUCACUAAAAAACCCCUUCAGCAGGGUUUACUUCUUGUCCUGGACACCAACGUUCUCCUCAGUCACCUCGAUUAUGUGAAAACCAUCAAAGGGCACGGACUUGGAGCAUUGGGCUUCCCAAUUGUCCUCAUUCCUUGGGUGGUGCUACAGGAGCUGGAUUCCUUAAAAAGGGCGAAAAACAUUUCAGGUUCUGUGGCCCACUUGGCCACCCCUGCCAUCUCAUUUAUUUACAACUCUUUGAAACAACAGGACCCGCACCUCUGGGGCCAGUCGAUGCAGCAGGCCUCUGAGAGCAGCGAUGGCCUGAAUGUUGAGAAUAAUGAUGACAGGGUGCUGCAGUGCUGUCUGCAGUACCAGCGUUUGUACCCAGAGUGCGCUCUCAUCUUGUGCACUAAUGACAAGAACCUUUGCAGUAAGGCCCUCCUGAGUGGGGUGAAGGCCCUCAGUAAGGACGAUUUAGUGGGAGAGGUUGGAAAAGCCGGAUGUGGCCUCUCUCCACACACUACCGUACUGCCUCACUGUGGCUUUCAGGUGUCUGUGUCAUCGCUGAGCAGGGGUAGUACGCCGGUCACAUCCCACUUUCAAGACAGCACACAGCUUUCUCUGGGUCACAUAGGGAACGAAAACAUGCGACUGCAUGAAGAAGCAAAUGAGAAGACGAGCUGGGAGCUCAGCCUGUGUCUGUCGGAACUCCAAAACUGCCUGCAUGAUGUACUGUCUAAGGUUCUUGAGGCUGAGAUGAAGACUGCUUAUGAGGACCUUUGGUUAGAGAUUGUUUGUGUAAAACCACCCUGGACUCUUCGGGAUAUACUACACUGUUUGAAAAAGCACUGGAUUGCCGUCUUUGGCCAAAUUGUACCACGGAACAUGCUUCAGAUUGUUUUAAAUCUCACUGAAUUCUUCACUUCAGAUAAAAGAGUGGAGCGUAACACUACCAUAAGACUACUCCUAGAAGUCAAAGAGCUCCUGAAGGCGUUUGGGAAACGGUCAGUCCAGGUUUCCAGUGCAGUCUCUGUUUUGGACAACAUUUUCCACAAGCUGCAACCUCAGCGAGAAUUUGACUCUCUGGCCUGUGAUGUUGUCAUGAAUGAUGAUGAAGACAAAGAUCCCAUAUCCUGUCUGGUCUCUAACCAAGAAGUAUGGACUUUGUUUGAGAACAUCUGGACCAGGACGUGUCAAAUGAGUUUGGAAGUGUUCAAAGCUCUGGGUUUUGACCCAAGCGCCAUGCAGAGCGCUCUGCCAGCGGGUCGUACUCCACCACCACAGGAUGCUUUGGCCUGUUUGCACAAACUGCACUCCGUGGUCUCACAGCUGCUCCAAGCCUUCAGCAGUGUGUUGUCUUCAACUUCUGGUUUAGAAGAAGUCCAGGCAUUGUUCAACAUCAUCCAAUCUACCAAGAUUGUUCCUUUGGAUUUCAGAUUGACAGCCAAACACCUACUAGAUUGUUUCUCACACGAAGAAUACAGAGAGAGGCUGAGGGUCGGAGGAACCCAGCUGAUGGAGCUAAAAAUGACCCUCCAGCGUUGUGUUGAAGCCGCGGGUCAGCGCAGCAGCUUCAUGGCAUUGCUGUGAUUAGAUCAUCGCCUGGACGUUUACUCUUUUAACUCUUUUGCUCCUGCUGUAGUACAAAACUGUAUGCUCCAAAAUGUGUGUUUAUUUUAGGCACAGUGACAUUUUGCUCGACUGUUUCCUGGUAAAUUAGCGCUCAUGAUGGUCCACUGAUGUCAGAUGGCCCUUUUCUCUCGACUGUUUUUACAGUCUGUAGAGUUUUGUUCUUCACUCACUGGAUUUAGUUUCCAAACAAACAGGUGAGAUCCUCCAGCGUCCAAACGUUCAAAGGCUGGAACCUAAAACAGACCCGUAAAAAUCCUAUUCAAACCAUAACGUGCAUAAAUUAAUUUAUAAUAAUGGAGACCUGGUCCAAAACAGCUCAAACCUGAAUACACGCAACUAAAAAGUUAGUUGCACGAGAACAGCCAGAAUGAUGGAAAAUGUCCACACUGUGCAGGGUAACGCACCGUUCCACAGAGGUGGGACGAAGUCACCAUCAAGUCACUCCCAAGUCAUGAAUCACCAAGUCCCAAGUCAAGUGUGAAGUCAUAAUGACCACCAAUUGUUUGCAAGCUGAUUUGAGACUUGCAGA